CGUGCGACAAACCCUUGGAGUCGAGACCAAGUCUCAUGCCGAUCGUGACGUUUUGUUGGUAAAAUUAUUAUGCUGUGAGAAUUCGCGUUCCAUUGGACUUUUGAAGCAGAGGACAGUGUAUUUUUUAGUGGCAAGUAACAUUGCAGACAUGUCGCUCGUGCGGGUGCUGUGUGUCUUAGUGAUUGGAUACUGUGUCGCGGCUUCUGAGAGCGAAGAAUAUACCUCAGGUACGGCCGGAACGGCAUCUAGUUCGGUUGAUUUUUAUGAUUUAGAAGCUCCACGCCUGGACAUAAGUAACCUGGAAAACGGCUACCACGGUAUAGUUAAAGAAAACGAAACGGUCGUAGAAGUGACCCCGCCCAUUAGGGCGGUGGGUUCGGAAGUAUGUCGUUUCCACAUUGUUAACAAGCACCACGGCGAAGCCCCCUUCGAUAUCGAGCUAAGGGAAGACGGCCACGCUGAGCUAAGGGCGAAAAGGUCUCUGAACUGCGAGAAGAGGAAAAACUACAAAUUCGAUAUCGCUGCCGUCGGUUGCAACGGGAAGCAAAGUGUUAGUGCGACCGUUCAUAUCACCGUCGCCGACGUGAACGAGUACCCACCGACAUUCACCGAACCCAGCUACGUCCGACAAGUAGACGAGGGUCGCAUCUACAACGAGAUCGUCCGUGUCGAAGCUACCGAUAGAGAUUGCACCCCCAAGUUCGGCGACGUGUGCAAAUACGAGAUCCUCACCUCGGACCAACCCUUCGUCAUCGAUAUGGACGGCGUGAUCAGAAACACAGAACCUUUGGACUACGAACGUUCACACAAUCACAUACUCAGCGUCAUCGCUUACGAUUGUGGCAUGCGUCAGUCGUUUCCCGCUUUGGUCACGAUUAAAGUGAACAGGGUGUGCAGAUUGGGAUGGCGGGGAUUGCCGGAAAGGGUCGAUUAUGCUCCCAUGACCGGCAAGCAGGAGCUGUUCCCAUCUGCGAACUUGGAACUGUGCGACGUACCGUGUAACGUGAGGGAGCUAAGAACUCGGGUCGACUUGGCAACGAGGCAUAUCGGGAAAGGGUGCGACCGCGAUACCUACUCGGUGCAGUCGCAGCGGAAACUUUGCGGGGCAUCGCCGUCGGCCAUAGAUCUUCUGCCGUCUCCUGGUGCGGGCGCUGAGUGGACGAAACCGCUAAUAUCAGACGAGGGUCACGAGUCGGACCAAAUGUUCGAGUUUGACGGCAGCAGCACGGCCGUUUCGAUACCGAACGCCGUAUUGGACCAUAACUUGCCGCCCACCUUUACCAUAGCCACUUGGAUGCGACACGGGGAGCACAACGGACAAGACAAACACAUGAAGGAGCACAUUUUGUGUUCUGCCGAUGACCACAAAAUGAACAGGCACCAUUACGCUCUGUUCGUGCGAAACUGCCGUCUGAUCCUGUUGCUGCGACGGGACUUUUCCGAGGGGGACCUGAACAUAUUCAGACCCGCCGAAUGGAGGUGGAAGAUCUCGCAGGUAUGCGAUGAUCAAUGGCACCAUUACGCAAUCAACGUCCGUUUCCCCGACGUCGAGCUCUACAUAGACGGGCAGCUAUUCAGGGGCGAGAAGAAAAACCCAGAAGUGAUCGAUGACUGGCCCUUGCACCCGACAAAAGGCAUCAACACGACCCUUACGGUCGGCGCAUGCUGGCAAGGGUCGGACAACAAAAUGAAGCACCACCUCAAGGGCUAUUUGGCGGGAUUGAGCGUUCUGGUGAAAGAGAACGAGAAACCGGAAGUGCUGAGCUGUCUCCAUCAAUGCAAGGAAAGCCUGCAGGUGCCCGGCAUGGAACUACUUCAGCCAGGAAUGGAGCUGCUGACCAAUUCCGACCUGACGGAAGUGACGGUCGAGGGUGACAAUCGCACCAAUUUGGAAAUUUUAGUCCGGAAAAUUGGUUACGCCAACACCCGCGAGUUUCCGACUCCGGGAAGAAGAAACCUGAGACUAACCACCACCGUUACCUGCGAUAACGGAAAAGCGAUCAAGGUCCCGGAUGCCCAGACCUACGUAAUGGUACUUAGGCCACAAACGCCCAGUAUCAACUUAAACGGUACUGGCAACAUGGCGAGGAAGUACGAGGACUUUAGAAUGGGCGUGCGCGUUUUGGCAGACAUUCACAUCACAGGAGAACAAAAGCUGGACAAGUGCCAGCUUACCAUCUACCCCAACCUCAAUCCUGACCACGAGAACCUCAACGUACCCGAAGAAUUGCUUAAACGUUUCGGGAUGGCCGCUAGGGUGUCCAAAGACGGGGUUACCGUUAGCGGAUCGGACAUGGUCUUCAAUUACCAGCAGGUGUUGAGACAAAUCGUCUACACCAACAGGAAGCCCGCAUAUUACCUUAACAGGGUAUUCAAGCUGACUUGCUCGGAGUUGAACGGACGAUUUACCAGCAACGAAUACGUCCAAACGCUUACGGUGAUCCAUCCGCAACCGAAGGAGUCUAUAGUGGCCCACGCUAAAGUAAACAAGCACAACGUCGAAGUGAGACCAGCCUCGGUGGUUUCCCACGACUACGUGCAAGCUACUCGUCUCAAUCUGAUGGCCACGGGUGGAUCGCACGCGGUUACCAUAAUCGUGGUGGUCUGCGUCGGGUUUUUGUUGUUUAUGAUCGUGUUGGGAAUCAUCAGGAUUAGGGCUGCCCAUCAAAGAACCACCAGCGAGGAGGCCCAGGACAGUGAAAUGACUUGGGACGACUCGGCUUUGACCAUAACUGUAAAUCCUAUGGAGGACUUCAUUUCCCAGAACGCGGAAGGCAAGUUGGCCCGUAAUGCCGGCUGUCGAUCAGGCGACUACAGCGAAUCGGAACAGUCCGAUUCCGAAACAUCUUCAGACGAGGAGGGACCGGUCGAGGGACGUUGCCGUAUCCGCGCAGACUCUUCCGAUGAGGACGAGGACGAGGAGGCCAUGCCUCCGUCAUCGAGGCGCAAGCGCGACUACCAGAACGUGUCGCAACUCGAAUGGGACAACAGUACGAUGUAAAGGGGCGGGGAAACGGCGGCAGUCAAAGUAGGUCGGUCGGGGUGGAUUGUAGGAAGGGUUGUUCACCACAUUUGGCUACUAAUUUCGGCAUACAUAAAUUUAAUAAUGAGUUGUACAUAACUGCUACAAGUACGAUUCACACCGCCGCAAUAGCGUUAGCAGUCGUCCCAGACCCCGCCCACCACCCCUACCCGGACACCCUAUGCGCUGUAUGACGUGUUGACGGGAGCUUUUGCUUGUGCCGUAGGAAGGCACCGCGCUUGGAGGACGGCCGUCGUCGGUCUUCUUAAAGUCGUUUCAUUCGCAUACCCCGCGUGAAGUCACGAAUUGUUCGAAAAAGCGAUAUUUUAUUUCUCCAUCGUCGGUAUUAAAUAUAGAAAGAUCCGGAACAAGAAACUGUUUAGUCCAGCAUCUAUUAUCUUUAAUAACUCCGAGACCUUAAAUAUAUAACAUAAACAGAAUUCAUUUACACAUUCCCUUCGUGUGUGUUGAAGUAAAUUUAACGUGUAAACAAAAAUGUUGGGUUACUGCGCUAGUUAAAUUUAGUGAGUCGGCGACACAAAAGUCCCUAGAUUUCUCUACUGUUGCAAGAAUCCAUAUCUUUUGGAAUGGGACGAGUAGUUCAAAUGAACAGGCAUUUAUAUUCCACGCACCUGCGUUAAUAUACGGAUAUUUUUAUUCCUCAAUAUUAAAUAAUUAAAAAUAAUAAAAUUGCAGACUUCUCUUAUGUUGGGGUAGGGUCCGUAUGGUCAGCGACUUCACGAAGAACUUAUCGAGCAGCGUCGCGACAGCGCGCAAUCAAAUUGAUAUCAACAAUAAUCGUCCAUAAAAUUAAUGUUAGAGAAUAUAGUAUACAGUAUGUUGUACAAUGUACUCCCUAUUUGCGCACUUCUAUGAUUUUCCUCUCUAGUUAGUACCUCGCUUUUAGGAUACGUCGAGGCUGCCAAGCCGCGUCGUACCCUAGAACCAAUGUCUCCUUUUUAGUUGCUUCGCAUUCGCGUUUUCCAUUCAUAUUAGUAUAGAGUUUUGAUACAACCUGGUUUAGUAUUUAUUGUUUUUAUGACUUUACAUUAAGUAGUUUGUACUUAACUAGUUCUAAGCUUGAUCCCCACGCGCCCAAAUCUCACUAAUAUGUCCGCCAUAUCAAUUUUUUACACGAGUGCAAUCACAUCCGGCUGUUUGUUUGAAUUAAUAUUAUUAUUAGAUUUUGUAAAGUUCGCACUUCGAAUUCUAAUUCCUAGAGGACGCCACGCACCGUUUUCUUCCCCCCUCCCCCACCACUCCCUCCACCUAGUGUCGGUGUUCAUAAAUAUCUUUUUUACUCGCACAAUACUUGUACUCCGUGUUUCUUUUCUCGAGCAGAUAGAAAUUAAAGAUGGUGUAUAUACAUUCAAGCAGCUAUAGGAUAUUUUUUUGUAUCGUAGUCGAAAGGAUUAAAAUUUUAAAAAAUGGGUACUUAAUUAUAUGAAAUUACCAGUCUCGGAGGCGGAGCUAUUUGUCCGCCCCCCGGGUACGCUUAAGAACAAAAUUUCAUUUUUUUUCUUUUCGUUUCGAGUAUAGAGCUGAAAGUGAAACGUUUUGACGCAAUAUUCGUAGUAGGACGUCGUAUUUAACGCAAUAUUGUUAAAGCAAAAAAAGUGUUGUUUAAAUGGUUUCAUCCCUUGCGUUCGAUUUUUGACAGAUAAUGUUUAGAGUAGAUCACUGUGAUUAACAAAAAAGAAAGGUAAAUUUUCGACCGGAAAAUGUCGCGCCAUUGGUUUUCCCGGGUUAUGACCUACAUGUAUCGACCCUUUUUUGUGUAUAUAAAGUAGUUGGUUGUUAACUGAGAAAUUUUACAUUAUAUUGUACGUUGAUGUGUCUGAAAACCUACAACUUUGGGGAACGAGGGCCAAUGGCGUGCGGUUUUCGGGACGACAACGGAACAUACUAUUUUUUAUCGAAAUACGUAACGUUAAUAUGACAUUCCAUAAUGGUAAGCUUCGACGCCGGGUCACAGUUUGUCGUCAGGCGGACGACACGUCAAUGAAACUCUCCGGCGGCCGAUCGGGAUUUUUUCUAAUUUUUAAACUAACGUUGUAAUGAACAAUUAAAAGCUUUUUUGUGUGUUUAAACGUAAGAAAUCAGAAUCAAAUAACCAUGUCUUUUUAGGUGUAAAAUCACAAUAAUUAUGUAAUGAAUAAAUGUAUAAAUAC